AAUGAAAUAGUUCAGGUCCAAUCAGUGGUAAACCAUCACAAUGGAGCGGGUCUCUGCACUAGCACUGUGUUUGUUGUUGUCAUUGUGCUCUGCCACAAGCCCCCCAAAGAUCCCCUUCCCCAUCUUAACCCCUUUAAACUGCAAUGAAACAAACCCACUGGUUGGCCUAGCAACAGACCUGAUCAAUGAAGACCAGGAAAAAGGAUUUCUCUUAAAGCCUUUUCGCACUAGGUCCAUUUUUGAACAGAAGGUCCAGAAAAUACCUGGUGCCUCUCUCUAUUAUAUAGACUUUGAUGCCAAGGAGACGGGGUGUUCUGUUUUAAGUAGGAAAAAGUGGAAAGACUGUGAUAAAGAAAGAUCAUUUCAUGAAGAGGUGGCUGGGGAAUGCAAAUCUAUCAUGUACAUGAGCAAGCCAUGGAGAAUACUGAAAAUAUUGUCUUACAACUGCACGUUGGGUACAGUUCCUUCCAAUAAAAUUGUUACAAGUUGCCCUGACUGUCCCGUAUCUGUAAGGGAUAUAUCUCCGAGCAUAAAAGCAAAAGCUGAACAAAUGGUGGCAACAUUCAAUCAAGAGAGCAACCAGACCAAUCUUUUCAAACUGGAUGACAUAGAAAGAGUGAGCACACAGUGGAUGUUUGGACAGUCUUUCUUCAUCCUUUUCACCAUAAAGGAAACUGAAGUUUUGAAAACACAGAAAGAUGCUGUCCCGGACAACCGCAAGCCUCUCAGUGAUAGCAAAGCUCAUGUUGGCUUUUGCACAGGUAGUGCAUAUCAUACACCUGAGAAAGUUGAACAAUAUUCUGUGUCCUGUGAAAUCUAUGACCCAAGGGAUGAUGAUCACCAUCAUCAUCACCACGGACAUGGCUCUUGUGACCAUGGAAAGGAAGGCGCCCAGGUGGAGAAAUCAAAAGAUAAUGCUGGACACAGUGAAGCAGGGGCAGAACAGGUAGUACAAGGUGAGGCAGGACACGAACAAGGACAAGGACAAAGCAAGGAUUUGCCUAAAAAAUGUGAACUUGGAAAAGGCAAGGAUUGUGGACAACACAGAGGUCACCAACAUAACUGCCAUCCUGGUCACCACCACGACCACCAAAGCCAUUCUCACCCACAUGAUCCAGCUCACCACCAUCAUCAUCAUGACCAUCACAACCAUACAGCAGAUGAACAUGGUUCUUCAUCAGAAGAAAACACUAAUAAGCAACAUUUUAAGAGAACGAAGGGAUUCGUUCAAGUUUACUAUCUUGAUGAGGAAAAUUUAAGUCCACCAGUCCCAACCAUAGUUCGACUGCCUGGACCAAGAAAGAAUAGUCCUGUGGUUGCUGAUUUCCCCAAUAAAGCAUCACCUGUACAAACAUGUCCCAGCGAACCAUAUUGAGACUUAUCACCAAAUAAUAAAGGCUCGUUAUUUGCACAAAACUGCAAUUAUAUAGAGUAUGGUUUGAAAAAUAAAGAAUAAACAUAACUCUUGGUACAUAAAA